AAGCAGAAAGGGGGCGGGGUUGAGGGGGGCGGGCCUGGAGCUGGGGAGUGAAAGCGAAAGCCCAGGCGGCUAACUCGGAGAAGGGAGAUCUGCAACUGGAGCAGCAUGGCCAAACCUGCUGGGGUGCGCCUGAGCCAGGAGGCCCGCAAACAGGUAGAUGUCUUCAGGCAAAAUCUCUUCCAGGAGGCUGAGGAAUUCCUCUAUACGUUCUUGCCACAGAAAAUCAUACACCUCAAUCAACUCUUGCUUGAGGACUUCUUCAAUGUGACUGAUCUGACCUCCCUGCGGGCCCCUUUGGACAUCCCCAUCCCAGACCCGCCACCCAAGGAUGAUGAGAUGGAAACAGAUAAACAGGAGAAGAAGGAAGUCCCGAAAUGCGGCUUUCUUCCUGGAAAUGAGAAGCUCUUAGCUCUGCUUGCUUUCGUUAAGCCAGAAGUCUGGACUCUCAAAGAGAAAUGCAUUCUGGUGGUCACAUGGAUCCAGCACCUGAUCCCCAAGAUCGAGGAUGGAAAUGAUUUUGGGGUGGCAGUCCAGGAGAAAGUACUGGAGAGGGUGAACGCAGUGAAGACCAAAGUGGAAACCUUCCAGACAACCAUAUCCAAGUACUUCUUAGAACGUGGGGAUGCUGCUGCCAAGGCAUCCAAGGAGACCCAUGUGAUGGAUUACCGGGAAUUGGUCCAUGAGCGAGACGAGGCGGCUUACAGGGCGUUGCGGGCCAUGGUGCUGGACCUGAGGGCCUUCUAUGCUGAACUUUAUCAUAUCAUCAGUAGCAACCUGGAGAAGAUUGUCAACCCAAAAGGUGAAGAAAAGCCAUCCAUGUACUGAGUGAGCCCAGGCCUAAAGGGAAAAUAAAUG